AUGGCGGGGCGCCACACCAAAUCCCGCCCAUAUAUGCUGCCCAACAAUGAAUUGACAAUCGUGUCCGCUAAUGUAAGAGGUUUCCACACAAACAUUGGUGAACUUACACACAGUGCAAUUAACAGACACAGGGCAGACAUUGUGUUCGUGUGUGAAACCUUCCUGGAUGACAGCGUGCCGCAGACUUAUGCUCGCGUACGAGGGUACUCGCCGUGGGUCAGAAAAGAUCGCUCCACGCAGGGAGGGGGCAUGGCAUUCUGUUACAAAGACACAGUGAAUGUUCAGGUGGUGGAGCCUCCAGUGCCCGUACCCAGGGAACUGGAGUUUCUGACCCUGAAGGUGACUGACAGGGACAGUAAAGGAGUGUUGGUUGUUGGCUGUUAUCGCCCCCCUUCGCAGGGCACAGCAGUGAUAGAUUUUCUGUCAGCGAACUUGGACGCAAUGAUGACAGCCAGCCAGUGUGAUAAAGUGUUGAUAGUGGGGGAUCUAAACCAACACACUGUGCGUAAUGCCUUCAACUCCUUGCUAGUGGUGCAUGACCUGCAGAACUUCGUCACCUUCCCCACACACAGGUCUGGGUCGUCCCUGGAUCCGGUGGUGACGGAUCUCCCAGCCCACACUGUCCGGUGCUCACCGCUAGAUUUUGUGGGCACCUCAGAUCAUGUGGCUGUGCUCACCAAGCUCCACUUCCGCAAACCACGUGAGGAGUGCCACACUCGCACCCUCUGGAAGUGGGAGGCUGCCAAUUGGGGAGCACUUCGAUCCGCUCUGAGGGGGUGGGACUGGCAGAGUGUGCUGCAAGGAGACACCGAUUUGCAGGCGAGACGGUUCACCGAGACUCUCCACUCUCUGCAGGCACGCUGGGUGCCGCACUCACAGUACAAAUCCAAGGCUUCUGAUCAGCCCUGGUUUGGACCUGAGUGUCGCACUGCCUCUAACGCCAAGUACCGCGCAUGGCAAGCCUACAAGAUGCACCCCACGGCACGGAACAGGCAAAGGCAUAGAGAGGCGACCCAGCAUAUGAGGGACACUCAGGAGUGGGCUACUGGACGGUGGCGAGAGAACCUCAAGGGAAAACUGAAAGGCGGCCAAGUGGGGACAAAAAGGUGGUGGAGCAUAGUUAAAGAACAAAAAGGGGACGAACGAGUCACUACCAUCCCCUCUCUCUCGCGGGGGGAUGGCAGCAUGGCUCAUACUGCCCAGGACAAGGCAAACGUAUUGGCAAAACACUUUGCCGGAAAAAUGUGCAUCCCCAACCUUGAAAAAGCUCCUCCCACUCUCCCAGAAAUAGUGCAGGACAAAAUAGUGACAGUGAAAACAAAUGAAAUAGAGGUGAGGAAGGUACUGCUGAACCUGAAUGGAAAAAAAGGCUGUGGGGCCGGACAAAAUUAG